CAGCUCAAGCAAAAAGCGCUGUUGCUCUCAGGACAUCUCAUUCUGCGGGACUGGCAGUGUCGACAAAUACCAUUAAGGACAAGAAAUAAUUUGCUUGAGGAAAAAGGAAUUUAGGAAUCAAAGAUCCAUACAGCGCUUCUGCUCUAAAUCUACUGCACAUCUCCUUCAUAUCUGUUUGUGGUCUAUUCUGUAUCAGCAACUAUGGUUCUCGAGGAUAAUGAGUGUGACUCUGUUUUUGACACCCAGAUCGCUGAGGAGCAUGUGGAGACUCACUAUGGGAACGUCCACUGCAUCAUGAGUGGAACUCCGAAGGCCAACCUGCCUGUCGUCCUGACAUUUCAUGAUGUUGGACUUAACCACAAGUCCUGUUUCGAGCCACUGUUUAACCACGAGGACAUGCACGAAAUAAUUAGGCAUUUGCCUGUUUGUCACAUUGAAGCACCAGGACAACAUGAGGGAGCCAAAACUCUGCAUAACGAAUAUUCCUACCCUUCCAUGGACCAGUUGUCUGAAGCGGUGCCUGCUGUCCUCAAACACUUUGGGUUGUGUAGGGUGAUUGGAUUGGGAGUUGGAGCUGGAGCCUACAUCCUGGCUAAAUUUGCUCUGAAUCACCCAGAUAUGGUGGACGGAUUGGUUUUGAUCAACAUUAACCCCAGUGCUGAAGGAAUAAUGGAUUCUGUUGCCAGCAAGAUUACCGGCUGGACCCAUACUCUCCCAGAAACAGUCAUCCCACACUUGUUUGGAAAGGAUGAGAUCGAGACCAACCAUGACCUCAUAGCUACAUACCGUCACCACAUCACAACAACGAUGAACCAGUCCAACGUGAGUCAGUUCCUCCGCUCGUACCACAGCCGCAACGCUCUGGAGGUGGAGAGGCCGGUCCCUGGAGGAAACAUCAACGCCAGAACCCUAAAGUGCUCCACUCUGCUGAUUGUUGGAGAUAAUUCUCCAGCUGUGGAGGCUGUGGUCGACUGUAACUCCAAACUCGACCCCACCAAGACCACACUGCUCAAGAUGGCGGACUGUGGAGGACUUCCUCAGGUGGAUCAGCCAGCCAAAGUGAUUGAAGCUCUGAAAUAUUUCAUCCAGGGCAUGGGAUACUUGUCCAGUGCCAGCAUGACCAGACUUCGUUCACGGACAGCUUCCGGCUCCAGCGUCUCGUCCUUCGACGGCUCUCGGAGCCGCGCGCACACCAACGAGCUGCAGCGCGCACGAACGCACUCACGCGGCGCCGAGGAGAAGCGCGGACGCUCUCACACCGACGUCGCCAUGGAGUGCAGCUCCAACAGCGACCAGAUCGCGUCCAAGUCCAAUCAAGUGACGUGCUAGAGCGCACGCAGCACACAAGACUGCGUGCACGUACAUCAAUGCAUACCUCGUUCUCUCUCGUGCCCUUUACUCUGCACUAUCGUUAGCUGAAAGGUCAAAGGUCGUGCCCUUCGUGUGACUUUUGCUCUAUUCCUCAUAAUCCAGCAGUUUAACAAUCCUCUUCUGCUUUUCCCUCUUGGCAUUGUUCCCAAUAUCCCCAGCCAAUUGGUCUCUUUCUCUCUGAACUAUUGCAUACCUCUGUAUCCUUCUUCACAUAGUCCCCGUUGGUGUUUGUUUCCUUUGUUCUUCUUACUCACCUUGCAACCAGAGAUUCUUCUUCAGGCUCUGAUAUUUAUCAAAAUAUACGCUAUAUGAGGAAAUCCAGGAAAGCUGAAAUGUUUUCUUUGAAAAUUGUGUGUUCAUGUACUGUAUUUAUUAGGGUCGAAUUUGGAUGCUCAAAUAUGUUUAUUGGUUAAAUGUAACUGUGACAUCUGUGUGAUGUAAAGCAGUAAUAUUGUUUCUGUAAAGAGAUGUUUCAUUCAAGUCAAUAAUUAAAGAGAUGUCAGUAUUUCCUUUGGUAUCAGCCAUGGAGGUGGCCCUACUGCUGUCACAGGGAUAUAAACCUUGAACCACUGUUAAAUCCUGGUUAUUUAGUGAAAUUGAUUAGAAUAAAAAGACAAAAUACUGUGAUUUUGCAAUGCUGAGUCAGUGACCGACUUUAAAAUGAAAUAGGGGACAUUUCAGAUUGAAUAUGGAGAGAUACAGAAUGCUUCAGAAAGUAUUACAUUACAUGUCAUUUAGCUGGCGCUUUUAUCCAAAGCGACUUACAUUGGAUUAUAACCGAUGCAUUACAUUUUGCCUGGGGAGCAAUUAGGGGUCAGGUGUCUUGCUUAGGGACACUUUGGCAUGGCACUUGGGGCAGCUGAGAUUCAAACUAACCUUGCGGCUCCCAGCGCAUUACACUACUCCAUGCGCCACCAUCGCCCCAUUACAAUUGGGAGCAACUACAAAAUCAUCCUGAAAUGUUCCAGGAACGUCUACAGUUCAAAAAGUCCAAAAAGGAAAAUCUGAAUACAUCAAUCUGCAAAAGGUCAUUGCUGUUCUUUAACAUUGUGUUUGUCUGUUUUCUGUGAUUCAAUUUACUAGACUCACGUGCUCUGAUGGUAUAGUCUGAGGUAUACACAUUUGAGGCAGCACAGGUUGAGGACAAAGCAUUGUGUACUUCUACAGAUGAUCCACUAGACUGUGCUCGCUCACCUCUUAUGUUCUCUUUCAUUGGGAUUCACCAGCAGUCACACAGACAAAUAACAUUCAAUUCAAAUAUUCAGCAUCUCCUUUGUUUUUAAUAUCACGCAUGGAUCUUUUUAUUAUCUUUUGUGGUUCAUAUUUAGCUCAUAUUUUGCAGAAGGCUGGAUUAAAGUCCAUUGUAUAAUAGUAUGUUUCGAAUCCCUGUUUUUCCAUCACUGAACAGUCUACUGCAAUGAGGGCUUCAUUCUUUUUUUUAUAUCUUUGAUGAUCCCAAUUCGGUUCAAACUAUGUAUUUUUUCCAUUGUUUUGAACCCAUCCUAGGAAUAACAAAUCAAUAAAUUAUAAA